AGGGCUGGCGCUGCCCCGAUCUCUUCCACCGGCUUCUGCCUGCCAGAGGGGAGCCUUUGCAGCAGCUCUCGCACAACGCCCACCAUGUCCCAGGCUGGUGCUCAGGAGGCCCCCAUCAAGAAGAAGCGCCCCCCCGUGAAGGAGGAAGAUCUGAAGGGGGCCCGUGGGAACCUGGCCAAGAACCAGGAGAUCAAGUCCAAGACCUACCAGGUCAUGCGGGAGUGUGAACUAGCUGGUUCCACCGCCCCGUCGGUGUUCAGCGGCACCCGGACCGGCACCGAGACCGUCUUUGAGAAGCCCAAAGCUGGACCUGCCAAGAGUGUCUUUGGCUAAGAAGUGCACACCAUUCCUCUCGCCACUGCCAACUCCUAGAUGCAGGAGCCUUUCCCAAAAACUUUUUUUAUGCCAGAAUACACCUUCUCACCUGCUGCCUCUGGGACUGCCGCCUAUCCCUCAGAGCCCUGGUCCCUCAGCCCAGGGAGUCUGCACCGGCACCUGGGGAACAAUAAAGAGGAUGCCCAAGUGACUCCGGCAUUUGGAGGGUGUUAGUUGG